UGGAACGGCAGCAGUAUGAAUCUAUUGUUCACUGUGUUCCAGAUUCAUUACUGGGAAAGAGACAACCAGAACCAGACUGAGAAGAUGAAGGUGAUUUUUGUCCCAGAUACCUGUGUUCACCUCACAAACCUGACCAGCUAUACACCAUAUAUGGUCACACUGACUGCCUUUAACACUGCUGGGGAUGGACCUCCCAGUGACCCCCGCGGGGCACGGACCCUGCAGUCUGCGCCCAGCCAGCCAAGCUACCUGACCUUCUCUGAAGUGACGGGGGGGAGUGUCAACGUGUCCUGGGGAGCUCCACUCACUCCCAAUGGACAAGUAGAAGGCUACCGGGUCAUCUAUCAGCCCACCGCUCCUGUACAAGGAGUGAGUAAAGUGGUGACAGUUGAUGUGAAAGGGAGCUGGCAGCGAUGGCUAAAAGUUCGAGAUCUGAUCAAAGGAGCAACGUAUAUGUUUGGGGUUCAAGCUCUCACAGUCAGCUACGGAUCAGCAGUGGAAGCAAACAUCACAGCUCGACCUGUGAAAGGGUCCCCUGGGCCACCGGUGGAAAUGUCUAUCACCAAGACAUCAUCUGCUCUCACCAUCCACUGGUCAGAGGGAGACAUGGGUGCAGCUCCUGUUACUGGUUACGUUGUGGAGGCGCGUCCCUCAGAUGAGGGAGUCUGGGAUUCCUUCAUCCGACUCCUCCCUCCAGCCAGCAGGUCCGUCUCCGUGCCACUGGAGCGUUUGAGGUCAGGGGUCAGCUAUGAGUUCAGAGUCAUUGCUGUGAAUCGCUAUGGUUACGGACAGCCAAGCGCACCCUCCGUGGCUCUUGCUGCAUUGUCAGAGCGUCCUUUUUAUGAAGAGUGGUGGUUCCUGCUGGUGAUGGCUCUGGUGGGCCUCAUCCUCAUCCUGGUCCUGGUCUUUACUCUGCUCUUGCAUGGACACAGCACCAAGUACAAGGCCUGUGGUACAGGAAAGCACAUUACUCCAGGGGAGGAGUCGGUAACCCUCGACAACGGUGGUUUUACUUCUCUGGAGCUAAACAGCAGAACACUCAACACCAAGAACUCCUUCCUCAAAAAGAAUGGGAACAGAUCUCCACCCAGGCCCAGUCCAGGUGGGCUCCACUAUUCUGAUGAAGAUAUCUGUAACAACUAUAACGGAGCAGUGCUCACUGAAAGCACCACACUCACAGAGAAACCCACUGAGGUCUCUGAAUCAGAGCUAACGGACAGCGACUACGAGGAUGAACAGCCAAAGCACUCCUUUGUCAACCACUACAUGAGCGACCCCACUUACUACAACUCCUGGAAACGGCAGCCCAAAGGCCUCAAAGGGACAGGGAGUCCUUUUGCUUACGACGAGUGUGCCACCGCUGACACAGAGCCCUACUAUCAGACGGUGGUGACACAGCACAGCGCAGGGGGAGCUUACACACCCACAGGGCAGCCCGCGCACACACACAUCAAUCCCAACGCCAACCCACCGGGGUCACGCACUCCUGUGACAGGGUUUUCUUCCUUCGUUUGACUCUAGAGACAGUGUUUGCACAAAAAUGCACAAACACACACACACACACACACACACAUGCACACACACACACCCACACAUGGAAGAAAGGGGGUGCUGCCAUGUGUUUGGGCUGAAGGAACUGGGAACAAAGGAGCCGUCAUGCCCCAAAGAACUAAACUCACACUCCUUACUCGCCUUCGUCUCUGCUCAUGAAGACCCUGUGUUCAGUGUGUGCUCUUUUUCUUAGUGUGCUUAAAUGCACCAUUACAUCCUCAUUUUUCACAAAUUCUCACCAGCUUACUCCUGUCUACUCCAGAGACUCUCCACAGAGAGCCGUAACGACUGUAUUUAUGUGUUGAGCCCAUUAAUGUCUUGCUAAGACCCCCCCUGGAGCUAAAGGAAGCUGGAACUUCUGCACAAAACUUCUCGUCUGUUUUCUGUACCUACACUUAAGUGUACAAGUCCCCACUUAACACCAUCUCUGAUGCACUAUUUCAGCAUCUCCAGCUGAGAGAUGGGAACUUAAAGGCUGUGGGGGGGAAAAAAAAAACUACACACAAGUGAGCAGCUUUUUUCUUUUCCACAGACUGAUCCAUGCACACAAACGCAGCGCUGCCAGCUUUCAGAUACCACAGCAGGCAAGAGAAGAAAGGAGAAAAAUGUUUGAUAAUCACAGCUUUUUGAAUCUGAAAUGGACAGAGAGUGAGCAUGAGCAGAUGUUUUUCAGCACUUACCUGCAAUGUCAGAGCGUUGAGCAGUUUGGGAUAGUGAUUUUUGAAUUGAAAUACAGUACUUUGAAAUAUGUUCACAUUUUGUCACAUUGCAACCUCAAAAUUCAGCUUGUAUUAUUAGGAUUUUGUAUGACAGACUAUUACAAAGUGGUGCAUACUUGGAAAAUUGAAAGAAAAAGGAUAGUUUGCAAACUUCUCAAAGAAAAACAAAGUGUGCUACACAUUUGUAUUCAGUCUCCUUGCAUCAGAACUUUUGCUGCAGCCACAGCUGCACAACUUGCAAAUCUACAGAUUAAAAGUAGUAAAAACAUCUGCUGCUCAGACAGGAUGGAGAGCAGCUGUAAACAUCCUUUUCAAGUCUUGGAUUAAAUUUACAUCUGGACUUUGACUGAGCCAUUCAUGAUAAGACACGAUCUAAACCAUGUGUUGUAGCUCUGGAUGUUUGCUUAGGGAGGUGCGGUUGGGAGGCUAACCCUAGCCCUUUUUUUGCUAUCCUGUUUCUGCUGGAGAAGCAUCCCCAAAAAAUAAUGCUGCCACCGUCCUGUGAGUGCAUUCAGGUUGAUGUGCAGUUUUAGUUGUCUUAUAACCCCAACUCCAAUGAAGUUUCAACCUAUAUUCAGUUCAAUUCACUACAAAGACACAAUAAUGUUCAAACAGGUAAACUUUUUUUUCUCCUAAUGUUCACUUAUUUGGAUUUGAUGUCUGCAACACAUUCCAAUGAAGUUGAGACAUUGUUUUACACAGUAACAUCCGAACAUCACUAGAAUUGGGUUUAUUUAAACAUUAUAUUUACAAUUUACAUUACAUGUAAAUUUUGGGAUCAUCUGACAUCAUCCACAGGUUUGCUUUGGCCUCUAUGCUGGUUCUAUUUUUAGUUGGUGGACUGAACAGAGCUCUGUGAGUUUUUCAAAAAUUGGGAUUGUUUUAUAAACCAACCCUGCUUUAAACUCCUCCACAGCUUCUCCAUGACCUGUCAGCUGGGUUCUUUGGUCUUCAUGCAUUUAUACUAACAAGAAAUUACUCCCAGGUGGACUACAUUUACUAAGUAUUUGACACUGGAUUUUAUUUAUGGGUAUCAGAGUGAAGAGGGUUAAUAAAAAAAUAAAAACAGCACACCAUAAUUAAAUUAUUUUUGUUCAAAUUUUUUACAUCAUUUACCCUUUUUUGUACUAUUCUAUGUUUGUCCAACCCCUAACCUCCUACCUCUGGAGUUUGUGCUUUUAAUGUCACAAAUGUUAAAAAUGUUAGACAUAUUAAUACUUUUACAAGGUAUAUAUGGAAAAAUUAGUUUUUUGUUUUUGUUUUUUUACUGUGUACUGCCUGUCCUCCUUUUAUCGCAGCUUCCUAAGCCAUAAUGCUUGCACUGAGCUGAAGCCCCAAACAUUUCAUCUUCAUUUUGCUGAGAUGUCAUUUUGUUUGUCCAGGUUUUGGGUGCGACAUGCGUGCCUACAAGCUAACGUGUGAAACAGCUCUGUGCUCACUAAGCCUGGCUAAUAUCUGUGAAGUUCACUGCACAGCAACAUGUGCCAUAGUGUGUGUGUGUGUUUGUGUUUUUAAGAUGGAUUUUGUACAUUUAAGCCCUUUUUACUUCUGUGUUUUAUGUAGUUCUGAUGUUUAUUUAGUUUGAUUCAAGCAUAAAAAGAACACAGCAGGAAGUGCAUUGGCUGAUGGAGGGAAAACGGGUCUGAUUUCACAUUUUUAAAAAAUCCAGAAAAAUGGACAGAGGAGGGAGCAAGUUUACAGAUGCUUGUUGAGCAUUGUUCAGAUUUGAAUGGUGGAGCUCCCACAGGCUGAACCUUGGUUUAACUUUCAGGUAUUAGGUGACUGAUACUCUCUGAUCUGUUUCUACACAUGUAAACAAAAUCCAUCUGUAAGUUUUUGGUUCUGAUUGAUUUAAAGGUUCUCUGGCCAAGCAGCAGUGUUUCUGACUCUGACAUGUUUAUUUUCAGCUCCAUACAGUGUGAAUAAAUGGUCAUUGUAUAA